AACAGUUUAUACGCCAUGCAAGCGCCUAGCAUACCCUCACUUUAUGCGCGCAGCCCUGCGGGCGUCGCCGCUCUGAAUGCGCGCGGUCCGCCGGUAUCCCGGCAAGCCGCUGAUCGCUUAAAGUCCCACCAAGUGAGAAGCGUUUUUCCGGAUACACCUGCGGAAACCGCGAAGAAGCAGCUCGGCACUGCGAUCUGUUACCGGAUCGAGUCUCCGCUCCCGUCUUCGCUGGACCCUGCUUUCGGCUUCGUGCAGAUUAAAAGACCAACUGCGAUGGGAUGCUGUGGCAGCGCCGAGAGGCCAAAACGAGAAUGGAGACCUUUAGAGGAAAGGUGCUGCACGGAUAUCCCCUGGCUCAUUGUAUUCCUGCUGUUCUGCUUCGGCAUGAUGUUCAUCUGCGGGUUUGCCAUCGCCACGGGGGCUGCUUCCAGGCUGGUGUCGGGCUAUGACAGCUUCGGGAACACCUGCGGCCAGAGGAACUCGCCCAUAGCCGGCAUCCCACUCAGCGGCAAGGAUCAAACCCAAUACAAGUACGUCUUCUUCCUCGAUCCCUGCAACAUCGACAUUGUGCACAGGAAGAUCAAAUCCAUGGCACUGUGCGUGUCCAAGUGUCCCGAUGUUCCACUCGUGUCAUACGCCAGCCUCCAGAAUUUUGCUCUUCAGAACGGUUCCUUGCUCUGCUCCUACGACUUGAAACCUGACCAAUACACCACAAGUCCGGAUACAGCCACAAAAUGUCCCAAGCUUCCUGUACCGAAAAGCUCGUCUCUGCCCAUCUUCCAUCGCUGCGCCCCCAUGGACGUCGCCUGCUACUCCAAAUUUGCGGAGGCCCUCAUCACCUUCGUCAGCGAUGACAGCGCACUGCACAGGCUCAUCGCCGGAGUGAUGACCAGCAAGGAGAUCAUCGUGGGCCUCUGCUUGCUGGCUUUAGUGCUGUCGUUUAUCCUGAUGCUUGUCAUCCGCUACAUCUCUGCUGUGCUGGUCUGGAUCCUCACCGGAGUUGUGAUCCUCGGCUCGUUGGGAGGAACCGGUGGGCUCUGGUGGCUCUAUGCAGAUCACCGGAAGGCUUUGAAUACAACCAUGGCUUCAAAUGACCUGCAGGUGGCCCAAGACAAUGUCCAUGCCUUGCUAAUAUAUGCCAUCAUCGCAACUGUUUUCACAGUGGUCCUGCUCCUCCUGGUGUUCAUCAUGAGGAAGCGUGUGGCUCUCACCAUCGCUCUCUUCCAUGUGGCUGGGAAGGUUUUCAUACACCUGCCUCUGCUCGCCGUCCAGCCAGUUUGGACCUUCCUGGCCCUCAUGUGCUUCUGGGUCUACUGGGUCAUGGUUCUGCUCUUCCUUGGCACUGCAGGUAACCCAGUCAAAAACAACCAGACGGGUUUUGUGGAGUUUCACAUGUCCGGCCCCCUGCAGUAUACAACAUUGUACCACAUCGUGGGGCUGAUCUGGAUCAGUGAGUUCAUCUUGGCCUGCCAGCAGAUGACGGUGGCUGGGGCAGUGGUCACCUACUACUUCACAAGGGACAAGUCCAAAAUGCACGCGACGCCGAUCCUCACGUCCGUCUUCCGCCUGGUACGGUACCACCUGGGCACGGUGGCCAAGGGCUCCUUCAUUAUCACGCUGGUCAAGAUCCCUCGCCUCAUCCUCAUGUACAUCCACAACCAGCUCAAAGGAAAGGAAAAUGCCAUCGCUCGCUGUUUGCUAAAAGCUUGCAUUUGCUGCCUGUGGUGUUUGGAAAAGUGCCUCAGCUAUUUGAAUCAGAACGCGUACACCGCCACCGCCAUCAACAGCACCAGUUUCUGCACAUCGGCGCGCGACGCCUUCCUGAUCCUGGUGGAGAACGCCCUGAGGGUGGCCGCCAUCAACACCGUGGGCGACUUCAUCCUGUUCAUGGGGAAGAUCUUGGUCGUGUCCUGCACGGCCUUUGUGGGGGUGCUGACGCUGAACUACCAGCGCGAGUACACCGUAUGGGUGGUACCGCUGAUCAUCGUCUGCGUCUUCGCCUUCCUCGUGGCCCACUGCUUCCUCUCCAUCUUCGAGAAUGUGGUGGACGUCCUGUUCCUCUGCUUUGCCAUCGACACCAAGCACAACGACGGCAGCCCGGGCAGGGAGUUCUACAUGGACAAAGCUCUCAUGGAGUUCGUGGAAAGCAGCCGGAAGGCGCAGGCUGUCCCCAGCCGGUCCGACGGCACCGACGGCAGGGAGAUGAGGCCCAUGGCCAGUGGACAAAGCUCAGCUUGACCAAAAUCAUCCACCAACUUUUUAUGUUUUUGUUUGCAAAUUUACUGUGUUUACAUUCCAGAUGUUUUUUUUGUUUAACAAUGUGUAAUAUGUUUACUAGGGUUUCACUCCAGGGAACAGAAGAUCUUAAGAUGUACAUUCGCUUGACGUAACGGAGAACUUCGUACUUGAGCUCCACGUAUUUUAGCACCUGGUGCGAUUUCCAAGCGUGACAAUUGUGAUCCACAGUAGCACGACUGUCAAACAUACAGAAUCACUUUUGGAUCAGUCUUUCAAUAAGUUCCAUUGCCAGUUUUAGUUUUUUAGAUUUUAAUAUCCACCCCCCCUACAAUUUUUGUUUUUAAUAUGUUUUACGUAUCUGAUUUAUUAUAUUCUUUAUGGUGGCAGUUUUUUGUUUUAUUGUUUAAUUUUUAAUAUUCAUAUAUGUUUUAUACUCGAAUCCAAGCAAAUUUGCUUGACUGUCGAUAGCGUAGCUAUAGAGCUCUGUAACUGACCAAUGAGAAGGAGGCAUUCUGAGACUGCACUCUGAUUGGACACACUGGGGGGGUGGUAGCCAAUGCAGCUGGGCAGUUCAGUAAACCCUAAUGUCUGGGUCUGCACAUGCUCAGUGUGGUAUUUCAGGUCCAAUAGCACCAACACCCCAGAACAUUCUGUAAAGAAGACAAAGCAAUAAGUGGCCAAAGUGGUCUUCCUUCUCGCCCGGGGCGUCAUCCGGCCCGCACCGCGACUGGACCUUACCGUCAUGUGACUUCUUACGAAUUGCCUUAAGCGGUUCAGUAGGCUGUGUGCCCUGUCAGUUCUUCCCAUAGCAGCCGUGUCCGUGGGAUCCCUGCAUGACACGCGUCACCAGGGGAACUGAGUUUGCCUUACAAAGUUCAAUUUUUCUUAACCGGGUGGAAAGGUGGAGGACUUGUAAUAAGUGAUGUAAUUUGCAUGCAUGAUUCAUUUCUUUUUCUUUUUUUUGGAGCAGGUCGGCCAAACACUCUUGUGGGUGAUUUACGGAGGUAAAUCAUAUUUCUGCAGUUCAGGGCUGGGUGGCUAGACUCUGAUCAGAUUUUGGAUUGUUGAGAAUCAGUGCUUGUCAAUCGGUACUGGAACACCUGAAGUCAUACUUACGGUGGCCUGAUAGCCAAAAAUCACGUUUACGUUCUGUGUUUCAGUUCCAGGAUCAUUUUGAACAUUUCCUUAACGGUCCAAAUAAGCAACUCUUAUGCUAUAAUGUGAUACGAUGUAGUUCCAGCAUCAAACAGUAGGGUUUUAAGGUUCUGAAAUGUGUGUUUGUGUUGUUCUUUCAAUUGCACUGCGUGAUCUGUUCUUACAAUAGGAAUUCUUUUUAUUAUGUGACCAAAGAGAGUGUUUUUGUGGAAUUACACUCUUUAGAGACAAUCUAGCUUAGAAAUUCGGUUAUGUGAUCAUAUGGAUUGUAUGAAGCAGACCAGGAAUUGUAUAAAGUCUGACUUUAUAUUUAAGGUUAAUUUGCUCCAUUUUCUCUGAAUCAUUUGCUGAUAAAAGGCACAGACUAAUUUAGACAAAUGCUGAGAUAAUCAUCUGACUUUAGUGUCAUCUUAAACAUUUUUAAGCUAUUUGAUUACUGAUUUAGGAAUAAAGUUAACAGGUGGAACACAGAACUAUUUUGGUCAUUAAGUUUCGGAGUGGCCGAAUUUUCUCAGGGUAAUUGUGGACAGUGGAAUUGUAAACUGGCUGAGAACGUCAUUGUUGGCCUUAAAGCUGCAGCGCUACUGACAGGAAGUCGGUUAUAAAUCAUUGUGCUUGACCCUGUUUGUUCACCAACAAAAAUAAAUCUUUAGUUCGAGCACUGACACAGAAUUCCUGUUUGACACUAAUAUGGUUUGACUAUACUACUACUUUUUAAACUAAUUGCAUUUUUUUUCUUGUUUUGCUUGUACAUGUUACUGUUUUGGCUUUAUGUUUACAGUUUGCUUUCACUACAAGAACUGGGUAUAUCUGGUUGUAUCUCCACGUGCCCUUUCACCUCUAUGCAUUAUUUGAGCUAUUUAAUUUGUGGGGAUUCCGGGAUGGAAAUGGGGGGGCAUUGAUGCCGUAAGCCUGGAUGUUUCCUUGUUCUUGCUAUCUUGUCGUAUACCUUUUAUUUAGGUCACUGGGGGGUUUAUCAUAUGCUUUAACAAUUGCACGUCUUAAUGGCAAUAAGUUUGUAAACUUGCUUCCUUUAUGAUUCUUUAUGUCCAUAUUUUUAAUAAAAUGUCAAAGGACAAUUUGUAUUGCUUUCUAAA